UUUAGAGAAUGGUUCAUUUCAAAUUUCUUUCCCUAUGAGUCAAAAUUUUGUAUUUACUAAAGAUUCUAAUUGAUUGGUGCAUUAUGAGAGUAUGGUUCUUAAACUGAUAGGCAGGUAAGGGGUAAGCUUAGGGUUAUGAUGUGGUUCUUUAUUUUUUUGGUGUAACUGGGUGUGGAGGACAAUGGAAAAACACAAAGAUAUUGCAUGACUUCUUAUGAGCUGCCACAGGACAGUGGUUUAGUGUCAAAAGAGCACAGCUGGGGAGAAGGAGCACAUGCUAUAAUACUUUGCCCUUUAACUCCCAGGAUCUUACUGUUAAUUCUCUCCUCUAGCUGCUACACAUUUCCUUACAAAUAGGUUCUGAGAAUUUGGUGUUAGAUCAUUGGUGUUGGAUGAAAACUUCUAUUUGAUGAGUUUUAGUAUUCUUCUUACCUGUUUUCUGGUUUAUGUAAGGAAAUUGUGGGGAGAAGUUACAUGUUUAUCAAUUUUGGGAGUUGAAGGGUUAAACUUCAGGCAAUCUAGUCUAAUUUUUAUAAUGUAUUCUGCAUAUAAUAUCAUGCAGUGUUUAUCAUUUUUUUCAGUGUAUAUCAAGUGGUAAGCGUGAACGGACGACAGAGUCCAGCUGAAUCAUCCCACAAAAAAGUGUUAAAAUUGAGAGAAGAUAAGAAGACAGAAUGGAAGAAGUUAAAUUUGGAAACCAAAAGGAACAAAAAACAACAAAUCCUGUCAGAGAUGGAAAGUACUUUUCAAGGGAUACAGAUGCCAGAAGGAGGCGUACAGACGAAGAUUUUAUUGGAAAGCCUGAAGUUGAAGCAAAGCGUCCGUUCGACAAUGAUGGUGUCUAUGAGUGUGAGGGAGCUAUGGAAUUUUCAACCCAAAAGGAUCGCAUGACAACAAGCAUGGUAUUGAUUGUAAUACUGCUCCUUGUAGUUACGGUCUUUGGAGCUGGGAUUUUAUUCUAUGGUCAGCUAGAAAGCACUGCUAAUAUUAGCCAUGAAGAGUCGGCUCGCACAAGGACUCUAACAGAUAAACUUCAUGAGCGAGGUCAAAGAGCUCGCGGAAAGCCCAACCACAAGCCACGAGAGUCGGGUACGUCAGUUCCUGUGGAGGAAUUCGAAGAACAUAUACGGCGUCUACACGCCAACGACGGUUUGUUAUUCUCUCACGAGUACAAUGCUCUCAGUCCGCAGGCUGAUUUCACAUGGAAAGCUAGUUUGGCGCGGGAGAACAUGCGCAAAAACCGUUACAUCAGCAUUGUUGCGUACGACCACAGCCGAGUAAAACUGUCACCGAUCCAAGGUGUUCCCGGGUCUGAUUACAUUAACGCCAACUUCCUUGACGGUUAUCAGAAAAAGAAGGCGUACAUCGCCACCCAGGGACCCUUACCAGAGACCGAAAGCGACUUUUGGAGAAUGAUCUGGGAACAAGACUCAAGGACUAUUGUCAUGGUAACAAACUUGGAAGAGCGUGGUCGUAUUAAGUGUCACCAGUACUGGCCGCCAGAGGGUGCGAGGGUAUAUGGCGACAUCCAAGUAACACUGAAGCAAGCUGUGAAGCUCAGUGAUUUUACCAUCCGUACUUUGAAUCUCAAGAAGGCUAAUGGUACAGAUGAAAGAACAGUGAAUCAGUAUCAUUACACAAUAUGGCCAGAUCAUGGUGUUCCCACUAGUCGUUCUUCACUCCUCAAGUUUGUGAGAAAGGCUUCUGAAGCAAAUCCACCUGAUGCGGGUCCCAUGGUUGUUCAUUGCAGUGCUGGGGUGGGAAGGACUGGUACUUUUAUAGCAAUACAUGCCAUGUUACAGCGUCUUGCUGCCGAGAAAUCAGUCGAUGUAUCUGGAUACGUUAUGUCACUGCGACGUGAUAGAAAUGCCAUGGUAUACGUACAGGAACAAUAUGCUUUUAUUCACUAUGUUCUGUUGGAGGCCAUCAAGUCUGGAAACGCUUGAUACGUGCAAAAAUCGUAGAUCACAUAUUGAUAAUAAUAAUAAUAAUAGUAAUAAUAAUAAUAAUAAUAAUAAUGAUAUUAAUAAAAAUAGUAAUAGCAAGGCAGAAGACAACCCCAGUGAAGUGUUUCAAAUACUGGUAUCUUAGAGAGUUUAGCUUACUUAAAUAAAUAAAUUCAAUAAAUAAAUUAUUAUUCAAUAAAUUGAGUAAACAUUUCUAUCCAACUUCCUUUU